AGGAUGGGCUAACGUACGCUAACGAAACCCUCAAGAAACAUCCUUCUCAAAUCUCAACCCUGUCGGCUGUCAUCUCAUAUUUAUGUUUCUCGUCACAAUCUUUGUAAUAUUCCAUUAAUUUACAUGUUACAAUCUUCUAUAUAUUAUUACUAAAGCUAGAAUUGUUAGAUUAUCAAUGGGGAAUUGUGUGUUUAAAGGGUUUGGAGGGAUGGAAGAGAUGGUCAAGGUUGUGACAUCCAACGGUGGCAUCAUGGAGCUCUACGCACCCAUCACCUCCGAGUGCAUAACCAACGAGUUCCCCGGCCACGCCAUAUUCCGAAGCCGCGACCUCUUUGCAGAGCCUCUACUCCACAACGAAGACCUCCACGCCGGACAGUUAUACUAUCUCCUCCCUCUCAACCCCUACAAAUCCAACAACGUUAACAGUACUACGUCUAAGCAAUCCGACACGGCCGCCAUUAACAGUAACAUGUCUUCUUUAUCGUCCAUUACAGCAACGCCGUACCGCAUGUCAUGCGAUAACCAAGGGCUCAUGAAGCGGUUCUCCGACCCAGAAGUUGUUCCGAGGUAUAAUAACACCGGGGUGUGGAAGGUGAAGCUGGUGAUUAGCCCUGAGCAGCUGUCGGAGAUUUUGUCACAGGAGGCUCGCACCGAGGCGUUGAUAGAGAGCGUGAGGACAGUCGCCAAGUGCGGUAACGGGGUCCCCUCGGCGGCUAAUUCAGAUCAGUGGAGCCUCUCCAGUAGUUGGAAGGGAUCGACGUCGGAUGUGAAGUAAUUAAUAUAGAUUUUUUUUUUCUACCAAUUGAAAUUUAUUUCUCUUUUAUGUCAAUGUUAAUUCUUGUACGAUAGUAACCCCAUGAUGCAGUGUGAAGGAAACUGUACCCUAGAAAAUGAGUACUACCUUUAGCUAAAUUUGGUGACAUUCACAGACCUUCACUUAAUAUAUAUGUUGGUAGUAAUUAA